AUGAGUUCGACCCCUCUCAACUUUGCGCCAUGUCAGUACACCAGAACAAUUCAUCCCAGGGUUUUGGACCACUGAGCUACCUCCCUGUUGGCGAUUAGACUCUGAGCCGCCCGACGUGUCCAAAGCCCGUUGGGCGCCACCUGCGCCUUCUUCCUCCACCUCUUCCUACACCGCACAGGCACAACCACCCCACGCGUCCAGCUCGUACCAAUCAGGAGCGCCCAUCUCCUCGCUAGGUGCCAACGCCUCCUUCUCCUCCGCCGCCACACCGGGCUUUCGAACACGAUCACUGCCAGGAGGAGCGGGCGGCGCGCUCUCGACGGCGACGGAAACGACGUUGGGGUAUCGGUACGAUUAUGAAGGACCGAUGGCGUAUGCUCUGGGGCCAUUUGGGGCGGUCGGAUUGUUGGUGCUGGAGGUGGAGAAUGAUUGGGUGAGGUUCCAUGCUUGGCAGGUACGUUUUUGAGGCGCAGAGGGGUGGUCGUUGUGGGGCUCACCCGUUGGGCCCAACUUGAAGGUUCUUCUAGAUGUGCUGAUUCGGUUUGCUCGCGAAUGUGCUGCACGCAGUCGGUGUUAUUGACGGGUGUUUUGGUAUCGCUGCAUCUGGUCUGGGCCGUAUUGGGCCUGCACCUGCUCGCUUCGAUCCAACUCUUGGUCGAAUGCGCCGUGUUCAUCCUUCUGACGUGAGUUGGGUCGAGGGGUCGGGGUCGUUCAUGACGGCCAGAGGAUUGAUGUACGUAAUCGCGACGUGCGCAUGCAGAUGGCAAACUUACCGUGAUGCGGACCUAUUGGACCGGUACGAGUUGGCUUGGAUUGGCAGGAUCGCGAAUCAAUGGGUCGAGGCCGAGUGA